GGUAAUGAUUUGGACAGUUCUUUAAGAUGGGAAAUACUGCAGUGGACUGUCUUGUUUAGAAAACAUCUAACCUAACCCAAACAAUCAUGUGAAGCUGUUUCUAAGCAGAGGAGAAGAACAACGUGGGAAUCUGAUGAAGAUGGAGGCUCUUCUGAUUAAAGAUUACUUUAUGAGAUUGAAGAGCACCUGGAGAGUUAGUAAGCUGUAACCUGCGAUAGCUGUUGAAAACCUUUGAAUUCAAUUCAGAGAUUUAAUACCAGACAAUGAAUUCAUAUACAUGUAGUCUCUCGAUAACCAGCAAGUGCGUUUAGAAGGGCACAUAGCAUUUCUUCCGUGAUUGAUUCAGAAAAUAACGGCAACCAUGAUCUGCAGCAGUGUCAAGUUGGCAGUGCGCCGCUGUUUCAUCCCAGGUCGGGCACGUCGGUGCUUCAUGGUCAUUGUUGCGGUCAGUUUGACCUCUCUGUGGAUGCUCACCAUGCAAGUCAUCCAAGUGCGGCCUCAGACCAAUCUACCGGAUGUGCAGUCUAGAGGAUUGCCAGACGCUUCUAUAUCAAGGACUAAGUCGCCUAAAACCAGCGGGCAUCGUUUAGCUAAUGAAGCACAUGGUGGAUCACCAAUGGACAGUCCUCCGGAGUUUGAGGAGGAAGGAACUAAAUUACACCAGAGGCUCUUAAAAGGAGAGCCAGUUUAUCAAAUGGCAGAGAGACAUAUCAAGGACACAGAAGGGUUGGUACUAGUUUUCCUUGAGGCAUCAGACUCUGGACGAAGCCUCGUAAAUAUUCUGCUUUCGCACAGGUUCAAUGUGAAAGUUGCUUUGGUGCAUGAUAGUGUAUGGCCUUCAUUUACCCAUGAUGAGAAGGGCAUAUUUAGUGUUAUCAUUUUUGAGAGCCUGAGAUCCUAUGGGCAUCUAAGCAGCGUCAAGACGAAGGUUCUUCAAGAGUACUGCAGAGCAUUUAAUGUUGGUAUUAUUAUAUUUACACAGCCAGAGAUGACAAGCGAUUUUGCCCAAGUCAGAAACUUUCCCUUGUAUAUCGAACAACAUGUGAGGUUAAAAAACCCUAUUGUCAACCAGAGCAGCAAUGUUCCUCGCAUCAUAAGGUCCAACCUAAGAUUCUUCGGUAAUCUUCCAGGCGACCAGUGGACCACCUUCAGAACAAACCACUCAACAUACGUUCCUGUGAUGGAAGCACACUUAGCAGUACCACCCCAAGUAGUUACCAACCCUGAGGAGAGAGCCAGACUGAGUAAUAAGAUAUGCAUUGUGUAUGACAGGGGAUGGAUGGAUGGAAUUAAGAGGAUAUUCUUUGGUUACUCUUCAAACCACUUCUUGCACAUGAUGCUUUUGUUGGACAGCAUAGCUCAUUUGACUUCUGGGAAGCUCCAGACUGAUCUGGAUCGGUACUUUCUCAUCGACAUUGAUGACAUCUUUGUUGGGAAGACUGGCAUUCGUCUCAAAGUUUCAGAUGUUGAGAACAUGAUCAAGGUCCAAGGGGAGUUGCAGGAGCUUGUCAAAGGUUUCCGAUUCAACCUGGGCUUCUCCGGCAAGUACUACCAGCAUGGAGAUGAGGAGGAGAACGCAGGAGACCGCAAGCUCUUGGAGGAGGCCAAGCACUUUUGGUGGUUCCCUCAUAUGUGGGAUCAUAUGCAGCCCCAUCUCAUCAAGACCAAGGCCAAGCUGAAGGAUCUGAUGCUGCAGAACAAACAGUUUGCAGUGGACCACAACAUCCCAAUGAUGAAGGGGUACUCUGUCGCCCCCCAUCACUCCGGUGUCUACCCUGUCCAUGAGGACCUCUAUGAUGUUUGGAAGGAGGUCUGGGGGAUCGAUGCCACAAGCACCGAAGAGUACCCUCACCUCCGCCCUUCCCACAGGAGGAGAGGUUUUAUUCAUAAGGAUAUCAUGGUUUUGCCAAGACAAACCUGUUCUUUGUUCACCAAGACAAACUUCUUCAGUGAAUACAACGGAGGCAAAACAGCUCUAGAUGCCAACAUCCAGGGUGGAGAGCUCUUUGCAACAAUUGUUAGCAACCCUGUGAACAUCUUCAUGACUCACAUGUCCAACUACGGCAGCGACCGACUGGCUACCUACAUGUUCAAGCACGCUUUCCAGUUCGUUCACACCUACACCAACCUCAGGCUUCAGACGCUUCCCCCUGUUCCCACUGCCAAGAAAUAUUUUGAGCUGUAUCCGCAGGAAAAGCAACCUCUCUGGGGUAAUCCCUGUGAUGAUCACAGACUGAUGGAAGUAUGGGCCGAGAACAAAGACUGUUCCAGAUUACCCAACUCUCUCAUACUUGGUCCUCAAAAAACAGGUAUAUAGCAAAAAUCUUUCUAUUCAUUUACUUCUA